ACCACGACCAGCAAACAGCAAUUGACAACGACAAGAUGAGGCCACAUACCUCGGCGCGCGCGAUGCGCUCGCUACAGCGCUGUAAUCUACAAACACAAAGAGCAACAAUCCGUCCCUCGCAACAAUCCUUCACAGCCCGCGCCUCCACCACACCCAUCCGCGCCUUCACAACGACACCCACGCGCCACAACCCACCCAACUCCACCGUCGACCCAACCGAAGUCUCGCACUUCAACGCCCUCGCCUCGACCUGGUGGGACCCGCACGGCUCCUCACGGCUCCUGCACCUCAUGAACCCGCUCCGCCACACCUUCAUCCGCAGCUGCCUAUCAACCGCGCCGCCCCUUGCCCCCAAGCUGAAGUACCUCGACAUCGGCUGCGGCGGGGGCAUCUUCGCCGAGUCCGCCGCGCGGCUCCCGGACACGCACAGCGUGACCGCCAUCGACCCGACGCCGGGGGUGCUCGCGAUCGCCGAGGCGCACAAGCGGCGCGACCCGCUGCUGAUGCAGCCCGGGCGGCUGACGUACAUGAACACCGCGAUCGAGGACUUGCCGCUCCCGGAGCGCGACGCAGACGCACACGACGUCGUAACGCUGUUCGAAGUCCUCGAGCAUGUCAACGCGCCCGGCCCGUUCGUGGCGCAGCUGCUGCCGCACGUGAAGCCCGGCGGCUGGCUGGUGAUGAGCACGAUUGCGCGCACGUGGACGAGCUGGCUGGUGACGAACGUCAUGGCCGAGGAUGUGCUGGGGAUUGUGCCCAAGGGGACGCACGACUGGGGCAAGUACGUGAAUGAGGGCGAGCUGCGGGGGUUUUUCGCAAAGGAGCCUGGGUGGGAUGGCGCGAGCGUGAGGAGCCUGGGCGUCAUGUAUGUGCCGGGGGUUGGGUGGCGCGAGGUGCCGGGCGGGGAGGAUUGGGGGAAUUACUUCUUUGCGGUGAGGCGGUUGGGGUAGGGCGGUGGACGAGUACAUGAUACCCUAGAAUGUACAGUAUGUAUACAUAGCACGGCCUUUUGCGGCCUCUACAGCGUUUUGUUCAACGUAUCAUACACCCAGCGCUCCUCUCAUCCCCUUCCGUGUCUCCCUCCCUCACCCCGUUCACUCACCGCCGCUCCUCGAAAACACCCGGCAUGUUCGUUCUCGCCGCCUUCGGAUCCUCCUCGUACACAAUAUCAUGCCCACCAGACAUCUUCCACGCGCGCAGAUAGUCCUCGCCCGUGAAGCGGCGCGGGUACACUUCGGCACCGCCAGUAUCGGUUGUGCGCGUCUUCUGCACCGUCUCGGCGACGAAGGGCGUCAGCU